CGACAUUCCUUUUCUCUGAAUUUCGAGGUACUCAGGAUAUGCGGCCGUCAGUUGCAAGAUUGAUUCGUCUUGUUCCUCGGUCGUCCGUCCAGCUCACGCAGAAGGUCGUCCCCUCGUCCGCCGAGCGACCCCCCGAAGUCAAGCCACCUACCGUCAUCGACAUCCUCCUCGAGCGAAAAGAAAAAGUCGGCGAUAACUGGCCAAGUAACAUUCGCAUAGAGCCACCAAUACCAAAGGUGGCAUUGAAAGAUGUCCAGUCCGGCGUGAGGACCCAAUUGAAGAAGCUCUUGAAAGAGCGGUAGGACUCUGGUAUGCUGUCGGUACAAUGGUCGUGUAGAGUCUUGUCGUGCUGAUUCAAGAACCAGGAAUUCUCACCAAACCAUCCAGGAGGAGCGAUGGUCAUUUUUGUACAAAACGACACCGUUCAAUUUGCAUCACGCACUGUAUCCUCUUGAUUAUACACAAGGAAUGAACAUUAUACUGAUUCCCUGGCACAGACA